AUGCUUAAUUUCAGUUAUUCAUUUAAUAGAGCAAAGCGUCAUUCUAAGGAUGCAAACGAAACUUCAUAUCCUCAUUCACCUAAAAGCAUAUUUCAUAGGAGAUCAGACUCAAUCGAUCAUGGAUACUUUCCUAAGAACGCCGUCUAUCAAAGAAGAUCCGAAGGCAGCGAUACAUUAAAUUCGGAUUUCCGUGAAAACUCUACUUAUUCAUACACAGACUCACCUACGGGGUUCAAAAGGUACAAUAAUACACCAAAUACCUCUAUUGUUUCGCAGCCAGUCAUAGACUUGAAUAAUGUACUGAAAGAAACGUCAAAAUUCAAGAGGAGCUUGAGUUACCCUUCACAAAAUACUCAAAAUAGGCGUAAUGCAGGAGAAUAUUCAUUGAAUGGAUAUCCAAUAGCGGAAUGUAUUCCUAAUUACAGUUCCAAAUCUAAAGCUAAUGAAUAUGCGUAUAUUCUUUUCGGGGACGACCUGGAUUUGGCAAUGACGCAGGGCGUUCCUCAAACGUAUGAAUCAAAUGCUAUGUCACGGAUAAACCAAGAGCAUCAUAAUGAAAAGGAUAAGGAAAAUGAAAUUGAUCCAGAAGAUUACGAUAUAGAUGAAGUACUUUUUGCUGGUCAACUUACAGAUAAAAAAAUUACAGAUCUGAAACCAAGGACAGCUACAAAAAUACGUAUCCUUCCUGAAGCAUCAGAGGAGUUGCUUUCUAGACUUCAAUUAAUAAAUGCAGGCAUUGUUGAUGUUCCCUAUAAAAGUAAAAAUGAAGACGAAAAUGAUAAUGAAGACGAAGAUGAAGAUAGAAGUGAUAAUGAUAUAAAAGGAGAUCGAGAUAGACACAUAAAGAAUGGUCAGAAGAAAAAGACGUUCAUAUCGAAAACAAUUUCAAAAUUAAAUCCAGGCUUUUAA